CUCCGGGGUGUUUUUAUUUUGUUUUUAACUCAAAACCUUUGGGCACAAUCAUUCUAGAUUUUUUAAAAGUCACCAGGUUAACAGAAAGACCUGUUUCGACGCCGACCGCCACGCCCCCAAUUUACUCUGCCCCCUUCUCUGUGCAGACGUACGCACACACGUGCUCUGAAUUGCUCGUCAGCGAGUUGCAGACACGAUGCCCCUCGUCCCCCAAAGGCGUGGUCUCACGUAACCCCAGCACGUUACCCCGAUGGUGCGGUCUACCCCGAGGGCCCGUUCGCAUCCCUAGGGCGAAGCUCGUGAGUGUCUCGUCGGCACCCACGUUAGCGGAGCGGAGCCGGCGUCUGUGCUGGUUUUGGCGAUGACGUCUCUCGCCUCCCCUCGCCCUUGGGGACAGUUAGUUCCUCGGAGUUUCUGUGUUUCUCGAAAUUGACAUUUGGGAGGACUGCAGGUCCGUUUUGUGUGACUGUGUUUCUGACGUCUCUCACGGUCGCACGCUUUUGGCAGGAUUGUCGCGGAAGCGCCGCUGUGUCCUCAGCACCUGGCAUCGGGAGGCGCAUGAUGUGGGCUUGUUCCGUCCCCGAUGAUGCCGACUUAGAUCAUUUGGUUAAGAUUGUCCCAGACGUGGCCAGCGGAAGCCUCUUCCCGCCGCUUCCGUGCUCUGAGCGGCCCCUCCUCGCUCUCUGCUCCACGGUGCUCCAGGCUCACCUUCCACUUCUCCGUCCCGCAGCCCAGCGCCUGCCAGCCCUGGAGUCCGCCGCCUCUCGCAGGAGUCCCGCGUCCUCCUUGAGGGGAAGAAUGCUGCUCGUGACCGAGAUCUGUGUGCUGGGCGUGCGCGGUGCCACAAAGCCCGGAGGCCGUGUGUGUCGUGCGCACACACACUGUGUGAGUGAGUGUGCCCGGGUGGGGUCACGUCCGCCCGCUCACGUCUCUGUCCGCACCGUCUGUGCACAGUGAAACUGGGCGCUCCCGCGCUGCCUCCUCCGGUCCAGCAGCUGCCUGGGGGCGGCGGGGGGCAGAUGCGGUCCUCUUCCUCGGUGGCACCUGGUCCUGCGGGAGCGGUGCGGAGAGAGCUCUGCGGAGGGGCGGGUGGAGGGAGCUGCGGCCCCGGCGGCCUUGCCCUAGACCCUGUCAGUCUCUGUAGCUUUGGGUCUGUCACUUUUUCUUCCUGAGUUCAGUUUUCUCAUCUUAAAAACGGGGAUUUGAGCUGGGCCCGCGAGCACCUGGCACUGGCGCUCCCUCCCCACAGCCCAUGGCAGACGCUCGUCAUCCCAGGCCCCCGUGACCCCAGACGGGUCCCAGCUGUCUUCACGUGACACUCCGUUUUUGACACCAGGUGCUCGUGCGGGAGCAGGAACGGUGUGGAAGGACCUGAGCAUGGGCACAGGUGUUUUGAGGGCGGCCAGCACCUGCUUCCAGUGAGUGCUCCUUACAGGCCUUGUGUGUCGGAGCCCAGCGCUGCCCUCCUGGGACCUCUUACAGGGAGGGGCUGGGGUCCUGGGCUCAGGACAACGGGGCACUGGCCAGCUGGGGCAGGCCGGGACUGGACCUUGUGCUCUGCCCUCAGUGAGGUCUGCGGAGGUCAGAGGCAUCCAGGGCGGGGGUGGGGGAGAAAUGCUUCCUGUUGUCACAUUGGGAAGACCCCACAGUGGCUCCAGAAGGGCCCAGCCUGCUGCCUGGGAGCAACAUGCUGUCACCUGUGCUGUCCUCUAGCUGCCACCUGUUGAGGGGCUGCCAGGUCACACGUGGGAUGACAGGUGUUGAGCUGGCAGAGUGGGCCUCGGCCCUGGCCAUGCUUGGAGAGGCUCCCUGCACUGGUGGGUGGGCGGCUGCUGGGGACGGGCCUUGGUGGGCACCUAGCCGAGCCCCUCACAGCCGCAGGUGCUGGGGGCUCAUUUCCUCCUCUUUAACUUGGCAGUUUCGUUUUGCCCUAGGAAACAGAUUUCCCCCAAGGGCAGGCUUUGGGGAGGAGUGAGUCAUAUUGAUCCAGCACUGAUCUGGGACGGUCCAGCCCUCGCUCGGCCUGUCCGCCCCAUGGCGCGGUCAGGUUGUGAGUGAACGCAGCGGCCCCGGCCUGGCUGCGGGAGCCUGGGACUCCUGGAGGGGGUUCAGGUCGGCUGUGUCACUGUUUUGUCCCCCGAAAGACAGUAGGGCUGGGGGCCAGAGCUCGCCGCAGGGCUGUACUCCUCCGGCCCUGUCCUAGCCCUGCCACUGGCCCUGGACUCCAGGUCACUGGAGCCCAGCCUGGAGCUGUGUCCGGGUGCUCCCUCCCUCCUGGGGUCCCUGGCGUCCUGCUGGCGGGCUGCUCCCUCCUCCUGGGCCUGAGGGCUUUGUCCCGAGGGCAGGGCCGUGCUGCUGGGGCAUUCCCUGGCACCCUUACUUCCUCCGGUGCCCUGUAAACAGGAUCUGGGCAGCAUGAGGACAGACGGCUCCCUUCAGGCUGCUGGGGGGAUGGUGGCUCGGGAAGAGCCCCGUGCCAGCCUGGGGGCGCAGGGCCGGAGGAGGCUGGCAGCCCCGGCGGGGGGUCACGGAAGCCGCUCGGUAGGAGGUUUCCUUGGGAGCGGACAUUGUUCCCAAGAGCUCCGUCUGGCAGCUUUAGGGCAGCGUAGGGCCAUUCCUGGCACCACAGCCAUCAGUGUCCGCCCCGCCCCCGGCCUGACCCUGCUGCGGCUUCCGCUCCCCGGGCUGCCAGCAGCGCCCCCGGCCUUUGUCCCGCUGCCCCCUCUGCCCCCCUCACCCGUCUCGCUGGCCGGCGGGGGCCGCUUGGUGGAGACGUCUCGGCAUGAAGUGGUUGUGGGCGAGCGGCUGGCAGCAGCAGGGGGAAGCAGAGGGCACAGCCCAGGCACAGGGCAUGGGGUUCGGGCUGGCCGCUGAGUGCCCCACGGCCCCUUGGGGCCUCCCAGCAGUGGGGGCCCAGCACUGCUGGCCGGGUUGGGCACCGAGCAGCAGACGGGAUGUGCGCGGGUGUUUGCUGUUCCCAGACAGUGCCCUCUGGCUGGGGGGACUCUGUGGCUCCCAGUCCACUGAGCAAACAGAGAGGUGACAUGCUCCAGCAAAGUGAGUGCAAGUCAGACGAGGCGGCGGGCUGGGUCCUUCCUCUCUCCUGCCUCGGCAGGCCACAGCCGUGUGACCCUGGCGCGUGCGGUGCUGCGGCCCCUCGGCCCCUCCCAGCUGCCCCGCCUGCAGCCCGGCUCUGCGGGCCCUGGGUGCUCAGGCUGGGAGGGCCCCUGUGCUGCCCUCACAGCCUCUGCCACUCCCUCCGGUUGGCCAUGGUCUCUCCUUUGCACUCACUGUCCCUUCUGUGUUCCCAGAGCUGCUCCUGCCCCUCUCCGGUCACACCCAGCCUGGCCGCCUCCUUCUCGCUCCCGCUCAGGCCCUGCUGCCUCCUCGGGAAGCUGCCUCUGCCCCCAGGCUGGGCUCCUGCCGUGCUCCCAAGGUCUCUGUGCUCCUGUUGGAGCCCCGUCCCUAGGUAUCCAGCUGACUCCCUACCAGCGUUCACAGUGGACCACAGUGGACGCAGCACCUGGCACGCAGUGGGUGUGUGGGGUGUCGGGUUGGGCUGAGUCCUCCCAGGUCGCUGUGCCUGCCUGCGUGGGCUCCGCCUGGCCGCCCAGGACGACCCUGGUGGUUCUCCAGGGCCACCCACCCGAGAUCCGAGGAGAGCGCCCGCCACGUCCCCACCCGGACCUUGUUUCACGCUCAAGGAGGCUCCGCUUCCAGACCGAUCUUUCUCGAUGACGAUUUCACUGGAAGUUUACGAAUUAAGCUGUAAUGUUUUAAAAUUGUGCAUGCAUCGAGUUUAGAGAGUAAAUGAGAUCUACACGGUUAAGUAAGGAAAAGCAGCCAUCCCGGCCCGCGUCAGCGCCGUGUCGUCCGACCGUGGGUCUGGGGACUCUCAUCUCUUCUGACGCCCAUGCCCUUGUUGCCGCUGUGUGAUUUUCAGGAUUUAGACAUUAUUUAUUGACUUGUAAGGUGAGGACUGAAGUCUGUUUCUGGGGCGUGUGCCGUGCUCGCGUCACACACGGGACACACACGCCGCAGUCACCGGGCGGCGAGGGCUGACAGUCAUUUCUGUCACGGUUUGCGUUUCUUUGUCUCGUUUAAUCUGUUACAAGACGGUAAUGAUUUUACUUUUACUUUCCUCGAAAGCCGACAGUUUGUUUUCCGUACGUAGACCUGGCGGUCGGCGUGUGUCCGCGGCGGCCAGCUUCCCCGCCGUCACACGGCAGCAUCGCCACGCGGUCCCCGUCAGCGCCACACGUCGCAGUCUGUUGAGACGCCGAUCCGUCUCCCUCUCUCGUCUUUUUCUUUCCCUUGAAGUUUAUUUCUGGAAGGAACCAGGUUUUCCCUGAGCGGUGGAACCGAUGUCUGUCCACUGACUUUAUAUCUCGCCCUUUUGCUGAAAACUCUUUUUACUAUGGAAUAAUUUGUCUAUAGAAUUGACAAAUUCUAUAGCUUAACUCUCUAUGCGACAGUACUAUUUGUGGGCAAUGACACCUUUUUCUCUCUUUUCCAGUGAUUUUACCUUUCAUUUCUUUUUCCUUCUUCCUGAGACGGCCGGAGCCUCUGAGCGACGCUGAGUGCACAUGGCGAUUAGAUUCUGGUUGAGGCUUUGGGAGAACAGGACUUACGGAAACAAUGGGAUUUUGCUGUAAAACCAUCUGGAUUUCAUUUUCUUUGCUGGGAGCUUUUUGAUUCCCGGUGAAUGUCUUUUAAGCGAUCAGGCGCUCUGUUUCCUCUUUGGUCAGUUUUGUUACGUUGUGCUUUUCUGGACACGAGUCUGUCUCAUCUAAAUGUUCGGAUUUCCUGAAAUCGACUCGUACGGAAUAGCCGUGGGCCGUGGGCUGUCAUGCCGGGCGGUGUCAUCGUGGUGCACCGCACAGCUCGGAAGGCAGCUGCUCUGUCGCUGGCUGUGCCUGGACCGCCUGAAGCGGGCUUGGUGGCGAGGCCGAGUGGGCCGCGUGUGCCACCAGCGUGGGCGGUAUCUGAUCACGGCCUCUUUUUAUUCCUGAUAUCGCUUUAUUUUACCUUUUUAUUUUCUUCUUCAAUAAUCGACAAGGUACAGCAAUUUCAUGAGCCUCUGCAAAGAACUGACUUCUGCUUUCUCGAUCCCUUCUGUUAUGUGGCAGUUUUAAACUUUGAUUUCUGUUUAUAUUUUUAUGUUUUGCCCUUUCUUUGAGUUGAGCCGUUUUAUUUUUCUAACUUCUAAGUUGGCUAUUUGCCUCAUUCACAUUUCGUUUUCAUUCUUUUCUAAGAAAAGCACUUAAGAUUAUAAAUGUCCAAAUUAUCAGUGCUCUAGUUAAAUGUUGAACAUUUAAAAAUACUUGUAGUAUUUUUAUUAACGUUUAGUUGUAAACAUUCUAUCUCCAUUAUGAUUUCUGCUUUGGCCCCAGAUUCAUUUAGAAUUCUAUUGAUCCUUUCCAAAUGAAUAUAUUUGUUUUCUAGGUGUCUUUUAAAAAUGGCUUCUGACUUAAUGGCAUUUCUGCCGGAAAGGUCUGCGUCGUCCUGAUUUGCUGGCAGCUGUGGAGAUGGGGCGGCUCCUGGGGUGCUGGGUGUGGUUCUGGUUCCUGACCCGCGUCUCUGUGGGGUGCCCAGGGCGGGUUCCCCAGGACCGCUGUGCGCCAGGCCCUGCCGUGCGGGGUACACGAGACCCUGGGUAGUUCUGCAGAGCUUGGGUGGGCUCUUCGUGGUGUAACCGUCACAUGAAGUGAAGCCACCCGGAAGCUUAUUGACGCAUGAAGAACUCACGUAAAUGGGAGGGAAACCCCCAAAUCUCACCCAGGUGCGCUGGGUCCGCAAGGAGAUGGGGACACGGUUGGCUCACCGUGCAGGGGAAGUCGGCCUCACUGGUACUGAGUUAACGGGCGCCACGCCAGGCAGCGGGGCAGGCCGGCCCCGAGGCAUGUGGGGGCUGCUGGCGCUGAGUGCGCCUGCUGCUCCCGGACCCCGGCCUCCCUGCCGGCCUCCCUGUCGGCCGCGCCUCUUCUCGGACUGUGGGGAAACCAGCAGAGACGUAGACGGGGGUUGGCUGCAGCGUGACCUACGAGAGAGAAUUCCGGAAUGCCAGGGGAUAGCGCAGUGAUUACAGUCGUGACGGGGGGUGACGUGGUCGUCAGGGUGAGCUGGGGAAGAAUGCCGGACAACCUCCGCACACGUCCGGUGUGGGGACAGACGGGACGAGUGCCCGCAAAGCCACGCCCCAGCCUCCUGCAAGACCGCCACCCCCGGUGCUGACGGCAUUCAACUCUGCUGGAUGCUGUGGUUCCAAGUGAUCUUUAUUGUUUUCUCAUAAUUGUCUACACUGAAGUGUUUUCCUGUAAUUGUGUGUGUUAUUCUAAUAACCAGAAACAAACAGUAAUUGUUCCUGGGUACUCCCCCCCACUGCAGAGUUAAGGGUCACGUGAUGCCAGAGGGCAGACCAGAUGGGCCCCUCUGGGAGGGUCCGGAUGGGCCGUGUGGAGAAACCAGACGGAGAUGGGGGGGCCUGGUGUCCGGUGACCAGAUGGCCGUGCGGCGAGGUCAUUGGGUGGCAGUGUGGGCUGCUGGCUGGGCCUCUGGCCUCCUUGCCCCUACAGGAGCAGCUCUGGGGGGCCCCGAGAGUUGACCCCAUCACCGGGUUCCUGCAGUGCCGGGCCACCCCCUUGCACACCGUCGUCUGGGCAGCAGUAAAUCGGCUGGGGUUGGGGGCCUGGGGACUGUCUGCCUGCAGGGAGCCCGGGCGGCCUCUGGGGAGGAGGCCCUUCCUGCAGGCUCCCCACCGAGACCUUUGGGGAGCGGGGAAUCGACAGGCCCAGCCCCCCUGGGAGAUGGACCCUUUCCUGGAGGUUAGGGGUGGACCGGCAGAGACCCAGGGUCGCUGGGACGGUGGGGCCUCGGCCUGGCGUGUCACCGGCUGUGACUGCCGGGCCACUGCCUCCCCACGCACCGCGGAGAGGGCUCCGUGGCGACCCGGACACUGCAGUUCUCUGUGGCACGGGAAUCUCCAUCCCCAGACAGCCGGCCCGCGCCCUGUGCUUCUUCCCCGUCCUCCCUGCCCCGGGCGCCAGAGCCGGAGGAGGGGCGCAGGCUCCCCGGGGCGUGGGCUGCCUGCCUGUAGUUUGGGGCGGUGCUACCUGGAGGCAGGGGAUGGACGAUGUGGCCUUUUGUGCCCUCCCCCACCCCCAGGUGAGUCCAGUUGGGAGCCUCCGGGACAGUCCUGUCGCAGUCACGCUGGGCUGCAGUGUCCCCCAGCAGGGUGCAUGCAGAGCAGGAGAUGCACAGGCGGCCUCCCUCCUCUGAGGCCAUUUCUGAGGAGCUCCGCUGUGGGCACUGGGCGUGACACUGGCCUGGGGACGGAGGUGUCAACCCGGGGGCACCGCCAGCUGUCCGUGGGGUCGGACGGUAUUCGAGGCAGCCGGUCAGCCACCCCUCCCGGAGCACCUUCCCGGAAACCGGCCUUCACCAAGGGAGCGCCGGGCAGGACAGCCCGCAGCGGGGGCGUGAGGCCUCAGCCUGGCAUCACCGACUCCCAGGCGCUGCGAUCGGAAGGCCUCGCGGUCCCGGAGAUGUUAAAAUGUCUACAAAGUGCUCGGUGUUGAGCAGGUCCAGCAAACUGUGUCCAGGAAUAAAUGACAGUCAUCGAAGAGAAGACUGCAUCCUCCUUGGGGACUCAGCCCUGCGCCUGCGGCCUGUCGGGGCACCGGGGCAGAUGCGCAGAGGCCUCAUAGCCCGUCCCCCAGCCCCGCACGGUCAUGCCGCAGCUCAGCAGCCGUGUGUCAGCGAGGACGGGCUGUUUGCGUUU